CCUCCACCUUCCCUUUGUCCUGUUUCUGCAGAAUUCCCCCUGCAAACAAACAAAACCCAAGACCUUUCUCACUAAAUCCCUUAUAAUUAUAAUAUUAUUAUUCAAGGGACAAAGUAAACGAACCCUAGGUGAUUCAAAGAGAAGGGGAGGGAGAGAGUGGAGCUUCACCUUCAAUUUAUUCUAAUGGAGUCUCUCUCACGUCCUUUUCACAGAAGAAAACUGUCAAAUGCCAAUAGUUUCUCCGGUAAGAACGCCUACGACGGAGUCUUUUCCGGCCACCGACCCAAGUUCGACGGAGUUCCGGCUGUUAACGUUGAUGAGUACCGUGAGAUUUUUAGCAGCGGUCAAGCUGCUUCUUCGAUUCCGGUUCUUGAUCUUUCAACUUUACAAGAAUCGUCUGAUGGUUCAAAUUUGGAACUUGGGAGUACGAAGCCAGAUUACAGUAAGAUUUUUGGUGGAUUUCGUGACGAAGACAUCGCUGUUUCUUAUGAAGAGUUGGUUGCUCGAGAUAAAGCUAGGGCUCGAUUGUCAUCAAGCCAAAGCUCUCAAGAUCUUGAUGAUGAUCUAAAUAAUCAAUCUUUUGAUGCAUUGAAGCAAUUUAACAUGUCAUAUAACAAGAUCAAUCCAAGGAGUAAAGAUGGAUUAGAUGGGAAAACAACAACACAUGUGACACAAUUACAUGUUGUUCCUGGAUUUACUUGUUUUAUAGAUGAAUCGGCUUCUCAACUAAAAAAGGAAACCAAGAAGCAAAAAUCAUCUGUAUCAAAUAAAGUUCAUUCACCUGAGAAACAAACUUCACAAACUGCUGUUGAAUCUAAAAGUGAAUAUCAUCAAGAGGAAUCAUUAUCUGAUGAUAAAAAGAUUGAUCUCAAAUCACAUUCCUCCAAACUUUCAUCACCAAAGAUGGAACUUGAGAAGCAAAAAGCAUCUAUAGUGAAUAAAGUUCAUUCUCUUGAGAAAAAAACUGCUGUUGAAUCUAAAGGUAAAGAUCUUCAAGAUGAUAAAAAAGAUAACUCUAAAGUAUCAUCAUUGCCUAUAGCUUCAGCAUUCAAUACUAAAGCAGCUUCACAAACAAAGGUGGAAACUGAGAAGAAAAAAUCAUCUGAAACAGAUAAUAAUGUUCAUCCGAUAAAUUUCAUCAAGGGAGAUUUUCCUGAGAAAAAAGCUGUUGAAUCUAAAAGUAGAAAUCAUCAAGAUGAAUCCUUAUCUGAUGAUAAAAAGACUGAUCCCAAAUCACAAUCAUUACCAAAGAAGGAAAUUGAGAAGCAAAAAGCAUCUAUACCAAAUGAAGUUCAUUCUCUUGAGAAGCAAACUUCAGAAACUAUCAUUGAAUCUAAAGGAAAAGAUCAUCAAGAUGAUAAAAAUGUCAAUCUCAAAUCAUAUAAUUCCAAAGUAUCACCAUCACUUACAGCUUCUGCAACAAAUGGUGAACCAAUACUUCAAUCAAAGAAGGAAACUGAUAAGAAAAUAUCAUCUGAAACAGAUGAUGAUUUUCUUAAGAAACAAACUUCACAAAGUGCUGUUGAAUCCUUAUCUGAUGAUCGGUUCUCUAAGAAAUUUGAGGCUGAUUUCAAGUUACAUUCAUCAUCAUCAUCAUCGCCACCUGCAACUUCAGCAACUAAUGUAAAUACAUGGACAUGGAAAAGUGAUGCUCCUGGAGCAUUUUCUUCUACUUGCUUUGAUGAAGAACUUGAUGUCAAUUCGGUUGCUGGUGCUUCUGCAGCUGCUUUAAGAAAAGCAAUAGAAAAGGCUCAAGAAAGUAUACGUAUUGCAAAGGAAGCAGUGGGUAGAAAGAAAGAAGGUCUUAAAAGCUUUUCAAGCAAAAGUUUCAAAGAUAGCUUGAAAGUUAAAGCUGCUAGAGUGGAAAAUGUAACCACAGGUGAAGAACAGAAAGAAAAAGACAAUUGGAUUAAAGAAAUCUUUAAAGCUAGAAUGACAAAUGUAAGUGCAUCACAAGUUUCUUCAAAUCAUAAGCAUGGAGACACAGUAGUUUUUUCAGAAUCUACAGAUGUUGAGAAGCUUUUUGGUGUCAAAAAGGUUAUAAAUGAAAUUCAUGAGAAAAGUUUGGAAACAGAAAAGAACUCUGAGAUACCAAUGAGAUCUUCUCAUGAGUUAAAAGAUGAUAAGAUUGUUUGUGAUUCUAAUGAAAAAGCUGUAGAACAUGCAACAAGGUCUUCUGAAGAGAUUGAAAAUGAAUCUUUGAAGAAAGAUAAUCAGAGAGAAAAUGGUUUUUUUGUACUUGAAAAUAUAGAGUCGAAGGAGAAUAAAGAUGAGGUGGGACCCAGUAGUUCUAAUAAGCUUCCUGAAGAAACCAACAACUUAGCUUUGUAUCAGAAGGUGGAAGAAGAAGAGAAGAAAACAUCUCAUGAUUAUGAUGAAAAUUGUUAUGAGAAGAGAUUCAGUGAAGCAUUAGGGUUAUUGGAAAAUACAAAGCAGGAAGUUGUUGAAGAAGAACACAAUGAGGAAGUAGUAAUAAUUGCAGAGAUUCAUGAAUCAAAUAGUGAUGAUGAAGCAAGUGAGAAAGUGGUUGAGGAAGAAAAGGAAGUGAAAGAGGAAAGUGACACUGAAAGCCACAUUGAAGAAGAAGACAAUGAAGAAAGCGAAAGCAUCCAUAGCUUCCAUGUUUCAAAUCGUAUUGAAAUCGAUACCAAAGUUGAGGAAUCAAGUCAAGCAGUUGAUGAUGUCAGCAAUAGCUCACCACAAGUUACAUUACAAGAAACAGAAACAAUAAUUACGGAAAUCUUUGAAACCAUUUCUGAAGAUCAAACUCAAUCUGCCUCCAUAAACAAUCAAGAUGAACAUGAACCAAAGUCUGAUGUUGAUGAUGAUGAUGAUGAUGAGGUGUCACAUGACAUGGAGGAACCUGAACAAAAUGAUGAAAAAUCUGAAUCAUGUUCAGAUAGGAUACAUGGUAUGGAGAUAGAGGUUAAAGAAUGUAAAGAAACAGAAGAAACAAUCAAGAAAGAAAAAGAAGAAGAAGAAGUAGAAAUCAAUCUUCAAGAAUCUGAUUCAGAAAGACCUGAAGUUAUCAUUCAAAUGGAAACAGGAACAUCUGAAGAAGCAAAGGACAUGAAUGAUGAAGGUAAAGAAACUGAGGCAAGAAAAGAGGUGGAAAAAGAAGAAGAAAAGAAGGUUGAAGAAGCAACAAAUGAAGAAAGGGAAAGAGAGAGAAAUAGAUUAGUAGUAGAAAGGGCAAUUCGGGAAGCUCGUGAGCGUUCAUUUAAUGAAGCUAGAGAAAGGGCUGCUGUUGAAAGAGCUACAGCUGAAGUUAGACAAAGAGCAAUGGCAGGUGUUCAAGAAAAAGCUGCCAUGAAAGCUUCUGAAAUAGCUUCAAAGCUUAAAGCAGAACGUGCUGCAGUUGAGAGAGCUACUGCUGAAGCUAGAAAAAGAGCUUUAGAAAAAGCAAUGUCUCAAAAGAAAGUGUCUGAAUCAAGAACUGAAGUCACCGAUGUUAGAAAAACAUCUUCUGAUUUACACAUUUCAAAUGGAACAAGUGGAGAAUCGGCUCAGAGAAGUAAAGCAAUAUUAGAAAAGCAUAAUAGGAUCAAGGAAAAUGUGGCCAAAGCUCUUGCAGAGAAAGAAAAGCGUGAUCAGCUUGCCCAAAAAGAACAAGCUGAAAGAAGCAGAAUAGCUGAUAAUCUUGAUGCUGAUAUCAAAAGAUGGUCAUCUGGGAAAGAAGGAAACUUACGCGCAUUACUUUCAACUCUGCAAUAUAUUCUUGGACCUGAGAGUGGUUGGCAAUCUGUGUCACUGACAGAAAUCAUAACCACAAGUGCAGUUAAAAAAGCUUACAGAAAGGCCACUCUUUGUGUUCAUCCUGAUAAGCUGCAACAAAGAGGUGCAAGUAUUCAACAAAAGUAUAUAUGUGAAAAAGUUUUCGAUCUUUUGAAGGCGGCUUGGAACAGAUUUAACUCAGAGGAGAGAUAGCAGCAGCCUUUGAAGCAGAAACAGGAACAAUUUGUUUCAGUUAAUUAUGAAUUAAUUUUUGAAGAAUUGUUUGAAUAUUUUUUGUAAGUCAUUUACCAGAUCUGGGAAAUAUGUGUUAUAUGACUGGAAGUGUACAUGUACAUACAUUUACUUCCCAUUUUGAUGUUUGAAUGUUUGGAUAUGAAUAUGAAUAUGAAUAUGAAACUACAGUAGGAGAUUGUUGUUUCAUGAAUACAUAAUCUUUUCAUGAAU